AGUCGUUUCGAAUAAAUUCUGGCUUCGAUAAUUAUGGUUUAAUUCGUAUCUAGCGACAUGAAAAAUGAUGAAAACAAAUUAAUCAGAAAGUAGAUCGUAAUAGUUCAACGUGAUGCAGUUUCGAAUAACGUUGUGCUUAGUGGCCCUCAUAAUAAAUUGUUGUGGCUUCGUAUUUGAGGAGGAACAGGACUCAAUAACCUUCAAGAAUGUAUGGAUUCGUCUUAUUUCGCAAACCAACUCCUCUGUGUACGUUGUAGAAGCGAGAAAUUUGCGGGAUUUCAUAAUCAACAAUAAGACGGACACGAUACGUAUAAACAAUCAGGAAAUACCCAUGUUGUAUGAAAAAUCCGUGACAGACAUCCCAAAUGUAGCAGUUUUCGACUUUUCAUCCAAUGGAAUCCAAGGGAUCGAAGAAGGUGCUUUUCAAAACUUGGGAUUAGUACAAGCUCUAAACCUGUCCUCAAAUCUCAUCAGGGUGAUUCGAUCUGAAGUCUUCACACAUGUGGAUGUUCGAUUUCUAUUCCUUGAUCACAAUUCGAUAUUCAGAAUUGAAGAAGGAGCCUUCCAAGACUUGUCCCAUUUGUAUUUCCUAGAUCUCAGCUUUAACAGAAUAAGAUAUUGGAAUUGUAGUUGGUUUAAGGGCACUCAUGUCAAAGGAAUCAACAUGCGACACAACUUACUGGAUACAUUGCCGGAAGAUUCCUUCAAAUUCUUGGAUGAUUUGGAGAUUCCAGACGAUCAACGGAUCUUUCAUCAUCUUCUUUUCGGCUACAAUAGCAUAAAGUCUAUCCACAGGUUCAGUUUGCCAAGAUUGAAGAAACUGGUACGUUUCGACUUGAGUCACAAUUAUUUGCAAACUAUAGAAGUUGGAACGUUUGACAACGUUCAAUCUAUCGAUCAUUUUGAUUUGAGUUUCAAUCAUUUGAUGUACUUGGAUAGAAAUCUUUUCAAGCAUACUGAAGUGGGAUUUGUAAACUUGAAGGCGAAUUACCUGUUGUUUAUAAACACCGACUACAUCCCGAUGGUCAAUUUGGAUUGGAACCCCUUAAAUCGUACUGCAAAGAAAAGAUGGUUAGAAUGGAGACAAAAGUAUGGAUACGCUUUAAAUUCCCCCGAAUAUGCUUCCUGAUUGAGUUUUUACUGAUUUCUUUUGGAUUUGUUUGGGAUGAAUUAUAUCCAAUGAAUAAACCUAUGUGAAUUA